AUGAAGCAGUCGGGAGGAGCCGCGUCGCUGAGCAAGAGCCACUCUCUCUCCUCGCACGAUGCUUCCGAGAAGUUUCAACAACACCCGCCAAAUUCCUCCCGUGUCGUACUCCAUCCCUCAAGAGCGAAACAGUCGGGAGGAGCCGCGUCGCUCAGCAAAAGCCACUCUGUCUCCUCGUUCAUCCUGAUAGAUGCCCCUUCCGUUCAUAAUAGUCACAGUAAAUACAAGCACGAUCGCGGUCCGUCGUGGUCUCUCCUCGUCCUCGCCUGCGCGCUCACUGCGAUCGUGUCAAGCCUCGCGGGGUCCUACACUUCGUACGCGCUAACGAGGAAUUCGUUACAGUUCACGGAUAUUUCCGUAACGGCUUACUCGUCCAACUCCUUCGACCCCUCUGUUGGACUGUCCACUGUCACUCCCCCUGCCGCCACAACCGCCGUCAAAACCGCCGGGGAAGCCGCCGCUGAAUCCGCCGUCACCCAUUCCAGCGAGACCAGAGGAAAUCAACGGGCAGAAGACGACGCGGUGGCGCUGUACACGCCAAAAGCGUCCCUGUUAUCGCGCUACGCGGACCUCAUCGGACCGAGCAGUCGUGGUCGCGACGCAGGCGCUGGGAGCGGAAAUCGCGGCGGGAAUCACGAGGCUGACUGGGUACGGCGGCUGAUUGAGUCAGCAAAAGUCAACGGCAGUCUUUCCGGUCAGCAGUUACGGAGCGCGGUGUCAGUCAUAGCCGUGACGGGUGGGCAGAAGCAGAACGAGUCCAUGGUUGUUCUUGUAACGGGGGCUGCCGGAUUCAUCGGGUCGCACCUCGCGCUGGCUCUGAAAAAGGAGGGUCACGGGGUGGUGGGUCUGGACAAUUUUAACGACUACUAUGAUACUACGCUGAAGGAGGCGCGCGCGGCGCGACUCUGGUCUGCAGGGAUUGAGAUUAUCCGUGGUGACUUGAACAACGGCACGCUUCUCGACAAGCUGUUUGCUACAGUCACAUUCACCCACGUGGCGCAUAUGGCGGCGCAAGCGGGAGUUCGGUAUGCGUUGGAGAAUCCGAAAUCCUACGUGGACAGCAACGUCGCAGGGUUCGUGAAUCUGCUGGAGAGGUGUCGCAGGGUGCCUGUGCGACAGCCUGCGAUCGUCUGGGCGUCGUCCAGCAGCGUGUACGGCGUGAAUCGUGAGGUUCCGUUUUCGGAGUCGCACAGGACCGAACGACCGGCGAGCUUGUACGCUGCGACAAAGCUGGCUGGCGAAGCGAUCGCACACUCGUAUAAUCACAUCCACGGACUGUCACUAACCGCGUUGAGAUUCUUCACUGUAUACGGGCCGUGGGGAAGACCCGAUAUGGCGUAUUUCUUUUUUACGAAGAAUAUUUUGGAAAAGAAGGCGAUUGAAGUGUACAUGGGAGCCAAUGGGACCCUUGUUUCUAGGGACUUCACCUACGUAGAUGACGUCAUCAAGGGCUGUGUCAGCGCCCUUCAAACUGCUACACCCAGCACCGGCGUCCAAGGCAAGAAGACAGGUCCGGCGCAGCUACGGGUGUUGAACCUCGGGAAUACCCAGCCGGUUUCUGUGCCGCAGCUGGUUGACUAUCUACAGUUACAUCUGAGGGAGAAAGCGCUGAAGCGGACAGUGCAGCUGCCUCAUAACGGGGAUGUGCCUUUCACUCAUGCAAAUGUGUCACGGGCAGAGCAUGAGCUAGGGUAUCACCCAACGCGUGGCGGAGAUAGGCGCGUGGGGAAGGCGGGCGCAGGGGGAAACGUGCGGAAUGUAGGGUUUGGGGAGAACGGGGAACUGCGGAGGGGAGGGGGGGGGGAAAGGGGGGGAAGGAGGAAGGACGGAGGGAGGGUGGGAAGGGGUUGGAAAAAGGGAAGGAGAGGGGACGCGAAUAAGGGUUGCGCCACGCGUGGCGGGGAUAAGGACGUGUGGAAGGCGGGCGCAGGGGGAGAUAUGCGGAAUGAAGGGUUUGUUGCGGAAAGGGGAACUGGGGAGGGGGAAGGACGGAAAGCGGGGGAUGGGGAGGGGAGAGUUGGGGGGAAGGAGGGAAGGGGGAUGCGGUGCGGCUAUGAUUGCGCCAAGCGUGGCGGAGAUAGUAGGGGCAUGGGGAAGGUGGGUGCAGGGCGAGAUGUGCGGAAUGCAGGGUUUGGGGAAAAAGGGGAACUGGGGAGGGCAGGGGAGGGGGAAGGGGGAGAUAGUAGGGGCAUGGGGAAGGUGGGUGCAGGGCGAGACGCGGCUGUGGGGGGGGUGGGCGUGGGGAAGGUGGGCGUGGGGAGGGGGGGCGUGAGAAAGGCGGGCGUAGGGAGGGCGGGUGUGGGCAAGGCGGGCGUGGGGAAGGCGGGUGUUGGGGAAGGCGGGUGUUGGGGAAGGCGGGUGUGGGGAAGGCGGGCGUUGGGGAAGGCGGGUGUGGGGAAGGCAGGCGUAGGAAUGUAG